AUGGCUCGUUUGAGGGGAUUUUCCCUCUUCCAUGUGUUCACUGGAGUGCUGCUAGCAACACUGUUAUUACCUGGGUUUCUGCUGGCUGGCCCUGUAGCCCAGCGUUUAAAAGGAGAUGAUGGAAGCAAUGACGAGGCAGGCCCGACGAGACUAAUUCGCAACAGGAGAAACAUCAGUUGGUACAAGCAGCACUCUGACUUCUGGGGUUGGUACAAAUACUUCACAGAUACUGGGAAUCAAGAAGGAGUUGCACAGUUGGAUCGCGUCUAUCUGGCAUACUUGCAGAACAAGAAUCGGGCAGAGGCACGGCGCUCCUACAAAGUGAACCUGCAACAUCUCGGCGACAUCUACAAAUCUUGCGCUGAGUCUGAUGACCCAAACUGUGUGGCCUCCUAUACCGGCAGGCCCAAACCCAAAGCUGAGCCACCAGUGCCUGCUCCAGUUAAGUCUUGUGACCCUUACAGAGAUCCACACUGCUUAUAUUCAAUGGGAUAUUCGUAUUAUCCAUACCUGGCCCCGGCCCCAGCGCCUGUCAAAGCUGCAGCUCCUGCCCCUGCCCCUGCUCCAGUGAAAGCCCCAGCCUACCUCCACACCCCUGUGGUGAAGGAUCCACGUUCUGGCAACUACUAUUAUUCCCAAUUGGUGCAGCCCUUCCUGUCAGCUCAGCAAAGGGCCGAGCUGUUGCGCAUCUGUGAUGCUGAGGACGUUGAGUGUCUGCAGUACCACCUGCGUGCUGCUUACGGAUACAAGCCUGCUGCUGCCCUGGGCCCAUCCUAUGCCCAUCUUGGCUGUGACCCUAAGAUUGAACCUCACUGUGUCCCCCACCUGGUCCAAAAGGCACCAUCUGGUCUGUACCAGAGUUAUCCACAUUGUGACCCCCGUGUUGACCCAUACUGUGCUCAUGCUGCUGCUCUGGCCUCUGCCCAGAACCUGGAAGCCCCAUCUUCUCCACCCACCUCGGACAGACCUUGCAACCCUCUCUACGAUGACAACUGCAACCCUCUGACAGCCACAAGGUUUGCCAGCUGGGCCCCUCAAAAUGCAAAGGAUGAGCCCACCUCAGAAGCCGGCGCCAUGCGUGCACCACCCAGCUCUCGUCACGAACCUUACACCAUGUUCCGUGAUGCUUCUGCUGGUGCUGAUAUGCGUAGACGCCUGCCCACCCAACUCAAGCCCCCAAGGCACCAACCGGAGGAACCCCAACAUCCUCUGGGACCCAGAGGCAAGACCAAAGAGGGGUAUGACUGCUUCAUUGGCUAUGAUGAAGAGUGUUACCCAUUGGGUUCCCAAAAUGAGCCCCGCUCUGGUACGCACAGAAAGCCAUCCUACCCUACCGAAGCCUAUGAGCCCCACUUAAAUGCCGACGGAACCAGAAAUGGGGUGAUUGAGCCUGACCCUCACUGCGACCCAGAGUAUGACAGAAAUUGCCGUUUACGCCGCUAUGAGCCUGAGGCGGCCGAAUUUGCCAGUCCUUCACCUCAAGAGGAGCAUCAGCCAACCCAGGAGCACCGUGAUGAGCAAGCCCGCCAUGAGGAGGUCCCCCAACAUCGAGAGGAAUCCUACUCUGAGACCCCAGGCUACGACCAGCAGCAAUACGACCCCUACAUGAGUGGGCAGGAGGAUCCAUAUGCUGGAUAUGGCCCCCAGGAGCUAGGAGCAGCUAGUUUUCAGGAUGUCCUGAGAGGGUACGGUGACCGGUAUCCUGGCCAGGAUGACCACCGUGCCUACACAGGAGACUACAGAAAGAAAUAA